CACACGUGCUGGCGGGCGUGCAUUUUCCCCCGGCGAUUUUAGGAUUUUCAUUUGCCUGAUCUCUGUGUGUCCUUUUCGUCAAUCCUCUCAGUCAUUCCACUCAGGUGGGAAACCAUGAAGAAGGACAAAAAACAGAAAACCGGAGCAGUGAAAGCGAAGGAACCGGCGAGGAUCGCAGCCGCGGAAGCGAGCAUGGUUAACCGAAACCCGGAUCUGAUCAAAACGAUCAACGACGACGAUGAGGUCGAGGACUACUCCGAGGAGUCGGACGUGGAGGUGGAGUAUCAGCCGACAAAGAUGCGGGCCCAGAAGAAAGGGGACUUCGACGGCGGGUUCCAGUUUGUGUCCUCCGUGAAGGAGUACAACCACGACACGUGGGACGAUCUGAUGCGGUUCGUGAAGCGCAAAAACCGUGGCAAGGUGGACGAUAAGAUUGCCGACGUAAUCCGGAACCGUUCGAAGGAGGAAGCGGAUGUGCUGGGCGGAGAGGAGGAGGAAGAAGACGGUGAAGAGGCCGGUGCCACCCGUACCUUCCACUCGGAGGUGGACCUGUCCGACGACGAGCUGAAGCACGAUUACAUGAAGGUGAAGGAACGCAAGGGAAGAAAGGCACGGGCAGCGGCUGCGGAGAACGGCAACACGGAACCGACCGUGAAGGUGCAGGAGGAAACGGAGGACGGUGCGAAGGAUUACUUCGAGGAGGCGGAAGGCACGAACGAGCACAUCCAGUCGUUCUACCAGAUGGAUCUGUCCCGUCCGCUCAUGAAAGCGAUCGGUGCACUGGGUUACAUCUAUCCAACGCCGAUUCAGGCAUCCACCAUACCGAUUGCGCUGCUGGGACGCGAUAUUUGCGGUUGUGCCGCUACCGGAACCGGUAAAACGGCCGCCUACAUGCUGCCGACACUUGAGCGCUUGCUGUACAAACCGAAUGCGGCCCAGGCGGUGACGCGCGUGUUGGUCCUCGUGCCGACGCGUGAACUGGGCGCCCAGGUCUACCAGGUGGCCAAACAGCUGACUCAGUUCACUAACGUCGAAGUAGGCAUCGCCAUCGGUGGACUGGACGUGAAAGCGCAGGAGGCUGUGCUGCGCACGAACCCGGAUAUUGUGAUUGCCACGCCGGGACGGUUGAUCGACCACAUCAAGAACACACCAAGCUUCUCUCUGGAUUCUAUUGAGAUCCUGAUCCUCGACGAAGCCGAUCGUAUGCUGGACGAGUAUUUUGCGGAGCAGAUGAAGGAAAUCAUUCGCAGCUGUUCGGCCACCCGCCAGACGAUGCUCUUCUCGGCCACGAUGACGGAGGAGGUGAAAGAUUUGGCCGCGGUUUCACUGAAGAAACCGGUCAAAAUCUUCGUCAACAACAACCAAACGGUGGCGUUCAAUCUGCGCCAGGAGUUUAUAAGGGUGCGCGAGGGUCGCGAGGCCGAUCGGGAGCCCAUCCUGGCGGCACUCGUGUGCCGUACCUUCCACGAUCACUGUAUGGUGUUUGUGCAGACGAAACGGACCGCCCAUCGGUUGCGCAUCCUGCUAGGGCUGCUCGGUGUCAAGGCCGGCGAGUUGCACGGUGAUCUGACGCAGGCGCAGCGUCUGGAGUCGUUGAAACAGUUCAAGGACGAACAGAUCGAUGUGCUGGUGGCAACCGAUGUGGCUGCCCGUGGUCUCGACAUUAGCGGCGUUACGACCGUCAUCAACUUUGUGAUGCCGGCCACACUGGAGCACUACAUCCAUCGAGUGGGACGUACGGCCCGUGCGGGUCGUGCCGGUGUGUCGGUGUCCUUGGCCGGUGAGCUGGAGCGGCGCAUCGUCAAGGACAUCGUCAAGAACGCAGUCAACCCGGUCAAAAACCGUAUCAUUCCGGCAGAAAUCAUCGACAAGUAUCGUGCGAAGGUGGCCGCGCUCGAGUCCGAGAUCGAUAAGGUGCUGGCCGAGGAGCGAGCGGAGAAGAUGCUGCGGCAGGCGGAACAGCAGCUGACGAGUACGGAGCGAAAGCUGAAGGGCAUUGCGCCGCCUAAGACGGACGGGCCACCCCGCGAAUGGUUCCAAUCGCAUCGCGAAAAGCGCGAAGAGAAGGACCGCCUGUCCGGGGUCGAUCCGGAGGAGCUGGCAGCGAAACGGAAAGCGAAGAAGCGGAAGCGCCGCGGGGACGACGAUGAUGAGGAUGAUUUCGAUCCGGUACGCUACCAUCAGGAGAAGAUGAAGAAAGCGAAGGUGGCCACCACCAACAGCAAGAGCGCUGCCGGUGGCAAAAAGUCGGCCGCAAAGGCUGGCAAUGAAAACAAAUCGGCAAAGCAGCAGGCCAAGGAGCGGGCAUUGGAGGAGCUCAAGAAGGUGUCGCUGGUUCAGGCGAAGCUGGCCAAGAUCCGCAACCGCCCGACCCGUGUCACUGCCACCAGCGAGGAUGCCGAUGAUCCACGGCCCAAUGGGGUCGGUGGUGGUGGUGGUGGUGGUAAGCGUGGCAAGAAGAACACAACGCGCUUCGAACGUGACCUGACCGAUGUCGGAGCGAAGAGCGUGAAGAAGCUGCGCUACGAUGCGACCAAGAAGCAGAAGAUGGACAAACUGGAUAAGCGCAAGGCGAGCGGGUUAAAGAUCAGUGCCGAAAAGUUCCGUAACAAGAAGGGAAUGAACCAAUUCAAUAAGGGCAAAUCCUUUGGCCAGAAAGGACCGAAAGCGGGCGGCGGCGGCGGUGGUGGUGGCCACAAAGGUGGCAAGGGUGGCGGUAGAGGUGGCAACAAAGGAGGACGACGAAAGUGAGUAACGGGGUCGGAAUAGAUGAUGGAUUAUUUUGUAAACUGGAGAGCGAGAGUGCUCGCUGCUCUGCAAUAAACGAAUUAAAGUAAA